CCCAGAGCAAGAUGUAUAAAAGGAGAGUCAAUGUUCCUCUGGUGUAAAAAUGACACCAUGCAGGUUAAACAAACUAGAGGACACCAUUUCCCUCAUUCUCUGAUUAGGCGAUUGUGGGCAAGGAAAACAAGAAAAAAGCAGAGCAAAGAGACAAAAUCAGAGUUAAAAGCAUUAGCAAUGAACUCCACGAAUUCCACCUUCUCUCUAAAUGCAGCUUUAGUGCAUCCCCCAUUUUUUUUCAUCAGUGGUUUGAGCAUGCCCCAUGCCAAAUACUACUAUGUUUUCUUGUGUUUCGUUUUUGUGGUCUCUGUGUUGGGGAACUCAUUUGUCAUGUUUAGUAUAUACAAAGAGCGCAGUUUUCACACCCCAAAGUAUAUGGCUGUUUUUAAUUUGUCUCUAGCUGACUUGGGUGAAAGCGCUGCUCUUAUUCCAAAUUUAAUUGCAAUGUUUCUUUUUGAUUCCCAAUACAUCUCCUUUGACGCUUGCUUGGCAAACAUGUUUUUUGUGUUCUUCUUUACCUGCUUACAGUCUCUCAGUCUUGCCGUUCUGGCCUAUGAUAGAUUGGUGGCAAUAUGCUUGCCACUGAGAUACCAUGCCAUCAACACAAUGCCAUCAAUGGCUGUGAUAUUAACAGUGGUGUGGGCAUAUAAUUCAGUUUUACUGUUUUUAAUGGUGUCUUUGGUUCCCAGGUUGUCCUUUUGUAAAUCCAUUGUGGUAGAAAGCUACUUCUGUGAUCAUGGACCCAUAUUCCGCAUGGCAUGCAAUAACAAUCAUGUCAAUAUAAUCAUGGGAAUUGUCGUCACAGUAUUACUAUUUUGUGUACCCUUUUUUUUUACGGUACUGUCAUACUUGUUCAUUGCUCGUGCACUGUUUAAAAUAGCUUCAUGGGAAGGGAGACUUAAAGCCAUGAAGACUUGCUCUGCACACCUAAUUCUGGUGGCUGUGUAUUAUCUUCCAAUACUGUACACCUAUGUUUCUCCAUUACUUUUUAGAAUCCACCCUAAUGUCAGGAUCAUGAGUACAUCAUUUGCAAAGGCCAUUAUCCCCAUGAUGAACCCAAUCAUUUAUGUGCUGAGCACAGAAGAAGUUAAGGAAUUUUCAAAAAAACUUUUCAAAAGAAAAACAUGUAACCACAACAGAAAUAUUUUUAAAAAUAAAAAUAAAGGAAUGAAUUGAUAUUCCAGGAACUGUAUUACUGUAACUCUGCAAUCUGUGAAAUCAGAGAUAGAGACAAUAAUUUCUUACCCUCUUUUGAA